UUGACCGUCCUCCAAUGGAACCCUCCCAGUUUGUCUCAGUUGUCCCUAAAUACCCAGACAAGAUGGGAUUUGAUGAGAUUUUCAUGAUAAAUCUCAAACGCAGGAAGGACCGGCGGGACCGGAUGCUACGCACCCUGUAUGAGCAGGAGAUUGAGGUCAAGAUUGUGGAGGCUGUGGAUGGAAAGGCGCUCAACACCAGCCAGCUGAAGGCCCUGAACAUUGACAUGCUGCCUGGGUAUCGAGACCCCUACUCCUCCAGGCCUCUGACCAGGGGUGAAAUCGGCUGCUUCCUUAGCCACUACUCUGUCUGGAAAGAGGUAAUUGACCGAGAGCUGGAGAAGACUCUUGUUAUUGAGGAUGAUGUGCGUUUUGAACAUCAGUUUAAGAAGAAGCUGAUGAAACUGAUGGAUGACAUUGACCAGGCUCAGCUGGAUUGGGAACUGAUUUAUAUUGGUAGGAAGAGGAUGCAAGUAAAAGAGCCGGAGAAGGCGGUGCCCAACGUGGUCAACCUGGUUGAAGCCGACUACUCCUACUGGACGCUGGGCUACGCCCUCUCUCUGGAAGGAGCACAGAAGCUGGUUGGAGCUGAUCCUUUUGGGAAGAUGCUGCCAGUGGACGAGUUCCUGCCAAUCAUGUACAACAAGCAUCCUGUAGCUGAGUACAAGGAGCAUUACAAAUCCAGGGACUUGAAAGCCUUCUCCGCAGAACCCUUGCUCAUCUACCCCACACACUACACAGGCCAGCCGGGGUACCUGAGUGACACGGAGACCUCGACCAUCUGGGACAAUGAGACAGUGGCCACUGACUGGGACAGGACACAUUCCUGGAAGUCCCAGAAGCAAGGCCACAUCCACCACAAUGCCAAGAACACAGAGGCCCUGCCACCGCCAACCUCCCUGGACACCGCGCCUUCGAGGGACGAGCUAUGAAGGCUCCACCCGGACGGCAUUCACCACCCUUUGGUUUCUCUGACGGGCUGUCCAUCUGUUUGCCCCGGCUUCUUCCUAUGGUCACAGUCAUCUAACCCAAGUGAUUGAUCCAAAUUAAUACGUUUUUGAGAGGGGAGGAGAAAUUAGAAAAUUAAAACCCAAAUUUCCUAGGAUGGCUAGAAGAUAGGCUUUAUUGCACCCAUUAAGAUAAACUUUAAUGUAGACGCCUAGUCCUUUAGUUAAUUAUCCAUUGAUACUGGUUCUCACAUUAAGGUUGAAAGUAUGGCUCAGAGACUUGUCCAAGAGGAAGGUGAUCACCACAGUGUCACAUCAGUGAAUGGGUGGGCAACCUUGCCACGCCCACUGAGGCCAUGUCUAUUGGUCUAGUGAGCCCAUUUCAUGUCAUAGAUGUGACCUUAAAAACUUGUGUAGGUAACAAGUUUUGGGGGGGAUCAAAUAGUUUAAAAUCAAAUUGGGCUUUUUGUUGAAAGGAAUUGUCAUGAGCCUUAUUGCAAAGUGAAUUUUCUAUCCGAGUCCUCGCUGUCCAACAGGGAUGGGUGUUGGGUCUGUCUGAGCCUUGGCCUUUGACUAUCGUGGCAGCCGGAGCUCUCGUAAUGAGGCUCCCGUGGGCCAUGUGGGUAGCUUAGUAGAUAUUUGGGGGGUUGUGUAACUAUUUGAGGAAAAAAGAACUCAAACUUUGGCCUUUUUAUCAUGGUCAUUGGAAUUAAGAUGCUCUAUUUAUGAAGAUAAAUUUAAUAUAUAAGGGGGGAGGGCUGGUUCUGACUUCUGCCCCAGGGUUUCAGCACGUCAGACGCUCCCCUCCACCCCUGCAUGGGAAUGAAUUGCAGGUGUGAGUUUCAUGAGUUACUGUUAAGAGGCAGCAACUGUCCUUGCCCAAGUUUCAGUCUAGUUUGAAUUAUUUAUUUUACAAAG